AUGCAUGACUUGAGCAGUACCCUGCACCCUACCCUUGAGUGGCUGUUCUCAGAGGAAUUUGCGCUGUUGCUCCACUCAUGGAUUGUGCUGCCAAUGCUUCGCGGCUUAUCCCCUACGCUCCUCUUACCAAUCUUGGGCGGCGUUUUGUACGCCCUGGAGCUCAUGUUCUCAUCCAGACGGUGUCUGAAUCUGAAGAUGAACAAACUCCGCAGCGGUAUCCUGUUCGUUUGGGACGUUCUUGCUCUCAUUCUCGUCGGAUGCUUCCUCUCUGCCAUAUUCAGUGCCGCAAGCGCGUGGAAGUUCAGCAUCCCUUCGCGACGUUGGCGGCUGGAGAUGUGCCAGUGGAUCGGAGGUCUGCUGCUCAUUUACUGCCUUGUCCGCACUUGGGGCUCAGAAUCUAUUGCCUUGAAGCAAUGCGAAGUGACGUUGUAUAACACGACUUCGGACCUGAAGAUGUGCACGAGGAACUGUGUACCGUCCGAACUCGAGAUCACCCCAGAGGUAUUUUGUGGCAUUACAACAGGGCCACAUCUUACCUUCGAAGACUUGAUACGUGAUCUACACUUCUCAUCCGACGUAAACUACAAGAUGGUCAGCGACGUCCAGUCCAGUCAAAUGCAGGGCUUCGAAGCCAUCGCAGAAGAGCUGGAAAAGGACUAUGCACUGUACAAUUACAUUGUCCAGCAUCUCCGUAACGCCCGGUCUGACUACCAACGUUACGCUCGCAUAAUCACCGAAGACACGAGGUCAUCCGCGCUGAGCAUUAUUCGCAGUCCUGAGAACGCUACAGUUCUGACCUGCCAAGCCCUCGGUCGUUUUUCUACUGUGACGAAGGAAUACAUGAAUAGUGCCGAGCAUAGGUUGCUCCAAACCAGCUUUUCAGAACUUGGGGGCGCUCUUCAGUUUAGAUCAGUCUCUAUCGGCCAUCACUUUGGCAAGGCAGCCAGUUACUAUAAGAAGAGCUCUGUCAUCGAUAUGUCCAGGCUCAAGAAUUUAAGCCGCGGACAGGGAGUCCAAAUCAAGUGCGCCGCAGAUUGGCAGCUUGUCUUCUCUCGAUACCUUGAAGCCCUUUCGAAAGCCUACAAGGACAUCGAUAAGCUCCAUGGUCGGUGGUGCGCUAUCUCGCCCACUAACAGCGGCGACAGGGUGGUAGUAUCUUCUCUGCUAGAUGGCAGCGGUCCAGAAUUCGUUUUUAGGUCUCAUGGUCUGUGUCAGGCAUAUGCUGCAUCAUUGCGGCCUGCCAGUCGGCCAGCCUACAUUGGCUUGGGCAAGUCGAUUUUCACUAAUGGUACUACAUUUCAAUUCAACUCCGUCAAAGCGACCAAGCUACGUGUCAUCCGAGAGCCUAUCCGAUCAGCAGUGCCCUGUCCGAGUAACAGGACGUUUGAAUCUUUCGCGUAA